CCCGCUAGGUGCGCGCGCAGGUGACCGGCUGAAGGGGCGGGGCUUGGCUCAGCGCGCGCGGAGCUCGUUAUCCCGGAGUCGCUCGAGCUCGAGCCCGAGCCCAAGUGCAGUCCCCGCCAACAUGGUGCUCGACACACUCGCCAGGAUCAUCAAAGUGCAGCUGCCCGCCUACUUGAAGCGGAUUCCUAUUCCCGAGACUCUGGGUGGAUUCGCCCGGUUGACAGUCGCAGAAUGGCUGCGAUUACUGCCAUUUCUUGGGGUUCUUGCACUGCUCGGCUACCUGGCUGUACGACCUUUCAUUCCCCGCAAGAAACAGCAGAAAGACAGCCUGAUUAAUCUAAAGAUCCAGAAAGAAAAUCCCAAAGUGGUUAAUGAAAUCAACAUUGAAGAUCUACAGUUCACCAAGGCAGCAUACUGCAGGUGUUGGCGAUCAAAGACGUUCCCGGUUUGUGACGGGUCUCACAACAAACACAAUGAAUUGACGGGUGAUAAUGUGGGUCCAUUGAUCAUUAAGAAGAAAGAAGUAUAACAUUUUUUAUUCUUUAAUCAUGGCAUCAUAUGUUUUGAGAUGUAAAGAUCAUUUGUAAAGUGUAACCAUUAACAGUCAGUAAAUGUAUCUUUACAGUGAAAUUUGUACAGAUAAAUUGUAAAGCUUUACUUGUCACUAACAAAUGUCUAAUUUGUCAAUGUACAGUAAAUAAAAUUGGGCAAUCUACUCCUUACUAUCAUGAUUAAAAAAGUAAGCAAUUGUUUAAAAUUGGAUUUUUUUUUUAUUCCUUCAUUGAGAUGAUGGCUUUGAAUUUGCAAGUUAUUUUUGAACUUUUGAUUCCUUAGUUUUAUAUAGAAGACAAUGUACACUGUCUCGAGUGCUCUCGUUUAUGAAUAUCUUUUUGUGGAAGUGCAAAUCAUUUUCAGUUGCCAAAAUAAAUCUAAGCCAUUUGAGUCUGUUGGAGGGAAUUCACUGAUGUUCAGAAUUUUCUUUUACUGAACAGUUCCCACUUUCUGCAUUGGUGUUGUGAACCCUUUUGCUUUUGCUGGUACUCCCAUUUUAUAUUUUAAAAAAUCCAAGAAUUCUUUUCAAUGUGGCAGCAGUACAGCAAGCUUUUUAGUAACCGGCAACUGUGGGACCAGAAACGUGCUGGUUAGAACAUAGAACAUGGAACAUUACAGCGCAGUACAGGCCCUUCGGCCCUCGAUGUUGCGCCGACCUGUGAAACCAAUCUGAAGCCCAUCUAACCUAAACUAUUCCAUUAUCAUCCAUAUGUUUAUCCAAUGACCAUUUAAAUGCCCUUAAAGUGGGCGAGUCUACUAUUUUUGCAGGCAGGGCAUUCCACGCCCUUACUACUCUCUGAGUAAAGAACCUACCUCUGACAUCUGUCCUAUACCCCUCAAUUUAAAGCUAUGUCCCCUCGUGCUAGCCAUCACCAUCUGGGAAAAAGGCUCCCACUGUCCACCCUAUCUAAUCCUCUGAUGAUCUUGUAUGUCUCUAUCAAGUCACCUCUUAACCUUCUUCUCUCUAACGAAAACAGCCUCAAAACCCUCAGCCUUUCCUCAUAAGACCUUCCCUCCAUACCAGGCAACAUCCUGGUCAAUCUCCUCUGCACCCUUUCCAAUGCUUCCACAUCCUUCCUAUAAUGCGGUGACCAGAACUGUACGCAAUACUCCAAGUGCGGCCGCACCAGAGUUUUGUACAGCUGCAACAUGACCUCAUGGCUCCGAAACUCAAUCCCUCUACCAAUAAAACCUAACAUACUGUACGCCUUCUUAACAACGCUAUCAACCUGGGUGGCAACUUUCAGUGAUCUAUGCACAUGGACACCGAGAUCUUUCUGCUCAUCCACACUACCAAGAAUCUUACCAUUAGCCCAGUACUCUCUAUUCCUGUUACUCCUUCCAAAAGGAUCAAAUAUUCAGGUCAAUCAAGAGGUCCACGUAAUCAAUGUAAAAACAGAAAAACUAAGUAAUAGAAACGGAAAGCAGAGUGUAUACACAUCACUGUUAUACUUUAUUUACACCAUAAAUCACUUAAAUAAUAAUGGAACUUUGUCUUAAAUAAAACUUACUGAUAGAGAGCUCAGACAUUGCAAUAAUGCAGUAAAUUUCUGGUAUUUGAGAUAGAUCAUUUUUGCUGGUUUAUCGAGAGCUCUGGUUCAUAAGGUGCCAGUUAAAACAAAGUUUGCUGUAUUGCAUUCUGUAUAAAAAUUGCACAAAAUAUUUGUUUUGCAUAAUGUGAAAUUUAUUGCUGGUGCUUAGCAGCACUUGUCAAGUUGUAGAUCCAAACCUCUGUAUGCUAAAAGACUCUUUAACUUUCUUGUAUAAGCAGUGAGGCAGAACUUGUGUAAUAAACAGAACUUGUUGCA